AUCCCAGCCGUCAAAAGCAUCACCAAACAGCGCAUAGAUAGAAUAACUAUGGAUCUUUCUCAGUCCUCUCUCUCUGACUCGCGGAAACUGUAAAUCAAUGGAUUUCUAGAGAGAGAAACUAGAGAGAGAAAGUCGUUGGUUCCGUUUUUAGCAGAGGCUCUUCUGCUGCUUGCUUUGACUGUCAAGAGGGACCUUGGUUCCCCACAAAUGUGCCGAAAGCAAAAUUGCUGUACCGAUUAUAAGCACAAAUCAAAUGCCAUCCCUAAAAAUGAAGAGCAAAGUAAGUGCGAGCUGUUUGGCAGAGAGAAAUGAUCUUCAAAUAUGUCAAACAUCAAAAGUAAUUUCCAAAAACCCAUGUUCUAAAAUCGUGAUUUCUGCUCAGGAGGUAGAGAUCGACACAACUAUUCAAAAUUGUAUAAAUGUUUCUUCAAGAAUGCUGCCCAAAGACAUUGCAACUGAUCAAUCUAAUGAUGGCAAAGAACAUCUGGAUUAUGAAAACUCUGACUCCCAACACCAGUUUUCUGUAUGUUCCUCUAUCCUGGAACUAACCAAUCUCUGUACAGAGAACUUAGAAACAAUUUUUUCUCCUGCUUUUGAGCCCAUCGAAGUCCAUUCACAACAUUAUACUGAAAAAGGCACAGUGAGCUUUGGUGAUACUAACAUGGAAGGAGUUGUAGCUGAUGAAGGAAGAAACAUACGUGGCUUUGAAACAUGUGAUGUAUCUGACUUCUACAUUUCUGACAUGAUCAUUACAAACUUACCCUUUUGUGGAAAUUCAUUGGAUGAUGAUGUCGGUGAAACCAACUACCUAUCUGAUUUUGGAUCCACCGAGCCAUCCGUGGUUUGUGCUUCUGAACAGUACACGAUCCUGCCUGUUCGUGAAGAUGAUGCUAAAGUUGGAUGUACUCCAGAUAUCAUGUCAUGCGGAGAAGGUGCUGUGGUUCGUGAAAGUGCUAGCUUGUAUUCUGCUAUAGCUCAGAUAAGAUCCUGCAACCAGGAGUCCGAUGUCAAAGAUGACUUGGAUAAGGAAGAGUGCUUUGAUCCACAGUCAUUUAUCAAGAGUUUACCAGAACUAUCAGAAGUAGAAUUAAAUGACCAGCCCACACUAUUUCCUAAGCAAUCUCCAAGAAGAAAAUCAGUAACCCUUGUGCUUGAUUUAGAUGAGACCCUUGUUCAUUCUACGCUGGAACAUUGUGAUAACGCAGAUUUCACUUUUAACAUUUUCUUCAAUAUGAAAGAUUACACAGUAUACGUAAAACAGAGGCCUUUCCUCCACACAUUCUUGGAGAGAGUAUCAGAAAUGUUUGAAGUUAUUAUUUUUACGGCCAGCCAAAGCAUAUAUGCAAAGCAACUACUUGAUGUAUUGGAUCCAGAUGAAAAAUUUAUUUCUCGCCGUGUGUAUCGAGAAUCAUGCCUGUUUUCAGAUGGAAAUUAUACAAAAGAUCUUACCAUAUUGGGUGUUGAUCUUUCAAAAGUUGUCAUAAUUGAUAAUUCACCUCAGGUUUUCCGGUUGCAAGUGAAUAAUGGUAUUCCCAUAAAGAGUUGGUUUGAUGAUCCAUCAGAUUGUGCGCUAAUGUCAUUACUUCCCUUUCUAGAGACAUUGGCUGAUGCUGAUGAUGUGCGUCCUAUCAUUGCAAAGAGAUACGGUAACAAAGAAUAAGAAUUCUCCUUAGAACAAAUUUAGCAUCUUUUCUACUUUCUCUAGGUUUAGGAAAUUUAGCCUCUAAAUAGUUGCUAAAUGCUCCUUUCCGUUCGAGUUGAGAUGCAUUAACCUAUACAAUAAACUAUUGUUGUGUUAUUGUUGAGUCCACAGUUGGUUCUCUUUUCUCUCAGUUGACAGAUCUGGAGUUCUCUGUUUCUCUUGAAAGGUAGUUGUAGCAACCUUAUCCUUUUUUUUCUCCCUCUAGUCAUUGUACAGUUGAAAUUUGAAUAUUAUUGCUGGUGUACUUGAAACUUAUCAUAUUAUGGAAUAUAGUUCAGAAAGUUACAUAUUUCA